AUGGCUGAAAACAAUAGUACGAAGCUUAGAUCGAUCAGAAGAAGAAAAAGUAAAGGUUUUCAUGGGCUGAGAACCGACGAAAUAGGCGAGGGAUCGAGCGAAAGUGCGAGUGGUUUUGCUGAUGACCGACAUCCGUCUACCGGCGUGUCAAAUGUUGCCGAGGUUUUGGAAGCAAACAGCCAAGGUAAAUAUGUCGCAGAAAAAGCUGCUCAAUUCGUCUUUUCAGAAGAAGCUUGAUUCUGACCAAGCAGUUUUAACCCGCACAAAAACCAAAACUCUCGGCCUUGGAUCUACAAAUAACACUGGGAGUGCAUCUGGGUUCAAGGUGCAAGAUGCAUCUCUGCUAAAAGAAUGUAUCUCUAGUGCAGUAAUUUGUAGUGCUUGUAGAGAUCCCAAAUCUAAACUACAACUCUUUCAAAACAACAGGUUGAGAGAGGGCCUUGCAGAACCUUAUACUUAG